AUGGCGACUGCGGGCCUUAGUGCGGCGACGGUGGAGUUGCUGCAGUCCCUCAGCAUUGACCCGAAGGACUUCUCCAAGGCACGGGCCAGGUACGACAAAGUACGCGAGGAACUAAGGGAGAAGGGACUUGCGGCGGGUGGCGCAGCGGCGGCCGCGGAAGCCGCAGAGACGCUGCAGCGCCUCACCGAUGCCUGGGGCGAGUACCUCCGCCUCACGCAGGAGCACUUUCAAAAGAUUACUAAUGCCGUUAUUGAGGAACUGCUGGAGAAGACGCGGGAAAAGGCAACUGCGGCGGAGCGUGCCGAGAAGUUGAAUGAGCUCUGCGCCAUUGGUGAGAAGUGGUACAUCCGCAACGAGACAUACUUUGAGUUUGGGGAUCCGGAGCAGUUGGCGUUGCUUGUGAAGGGCGCACUAGACUCCUCCAGCCGUGUGAUGCGUUUGCUUGGGUUGCAGCUGGCCCGCAUUUGCGCCGCGAGCGCGCGGUUCACGCGGACGCUGCUGGCGGGAGAGGGGGGCGGGCUCAUCAGCCUUAGCUUUGACCGCGAGAUUGCCACCGAGCUGGAGUACGCGCUUAACCUUUGCGCGCGCCUGAUUGAGCUGCACGAGAGCGACCCGGUGACGUGCGCGGAAGUCCCCUACUGCUGGAUUUGCCGCAUUGCCUCCCUGCUGGACACGCAGGAUCCCGUGCCGAAUCUGCCGCCGAAGCGGAAAAAUCAGGCGCUCCGCAUUGCCAUCAAAUUACUUCGCUGCUUCCCUGCCAUGUCGACGGCGGCCUCGCUGCACAUCAUUCUACUUCGCUACUGCAUCCAGAAAGGCGCCGUCACGGCGGACGAGAUGAAAAAAAUAUUGCACGUUAUUUUAGACAUCUUUGACCACGCUGAGACCCGGCAGUACCUCCACGACAACGACCUUGACGUUCUCUACGCCCCCUUUUUGUGCUCCGCCGACAAGAGCCCGGAGGCCAACUUAAACUUGAUGAAUGGGGCCAAGGAGCUGCUUGCCAUGACGCUGCAAACGUGGGUGGGGGUUCUGUGGACGUGCUCGGAGACAAAGGGGCUCCGCGCCGUCAUUGACAUUCUGCACCUGCCGGGGGACCUGGACCGGAAGAUGGUGCUGCUCACGCUGUUCAACAAGGUGCUUUGCCAGCUGGCGCCGCACCGCGGUCUGACGCUGAUGAAGACGUGGCAAGGCGUGGAGGAGAACAAGCGCAGCACUUCGGUGUCCGACGCCGUCCUUCCGGACGCCGCCUCCAGCUUCACCGGGGCAAGCUCCCCGCAGUUGCUGAACGAUGGCAUUAUAGGCCAGACCUUUCCGGAGAUCACGUUUCCCGGCCAAAGUGAGCUGCUCGACGGUUUCGUGCCCACAACAAAGGCGAUAGGUUACCACGUUCUCGACCCGCUGCUGGGGAGGGUUCUGUUGAUGCUCUCGCACCACGGCCUUCCGCUGGCGUUGGUGUCGAUGAUUGGAGACGCUCCCUCAAGUCGCCUGCUCGCAUUCACCGCCUCAUCACUGCUGCAGGACAUAUUUAUGCUCAUGGACACGGUGCUCCCGGUGCGUCCUGUGAAGCGACUGCACACGGCCCUGAAUGAGGCCGUUGGGAGCUUUGUUCUUCAAGGAGAUUUGGCGUUUAGCAGCGGGCUCACCACCCGGCUUUUUCAGGACCACAAAAUGAUGAAAAACGUGACACUUUCCCCAACCGUGGCUGACCCGGAUACGAUUUCGGGUGAGCGGAUAAACAUCCCAUCGGCAACAACAAUUUCGGCGUAUGGGUUGGGCGACGUGGGGCUGGAUGACGCGGGCUUUGCGGGGCUGCUGCGGGAAACAGGCGUGGACAAGGCAAGUAACUUUCUCGGCUGGGACCACGACUUGCUGCUGCUGCUGGUCCAUGGACCGCUGCGAAGCCCGCCUCGGUUUCAGUGGGUCCUACGAGAGACCCGCUUCUUUCACAAGCUUCUUCUCUUUUACCAGCCCCUCUUGCAGCCCAACGCGCGGACGUUUGUCUCGCUGCGCACGGAGGAGUGCUCGCCGCAGCUCUGCAGCCUUGGCUUGUCGUUGCUGGAUUUAUUCCUCUCCACCAGGGUGGGAACGGAGGUGCUGGACGAGUUUGGUUUCACGCCGGCCAUUGUGGAGGGGCUGCAGGAGGUGAUUGAUGGCAAACCGCAGGUGUUGAGCCCGCAGCGUCUCGGCACGCGGGUGGGGCAAACGGUACUUCGCAUGGUGGGCCGCUACUCGCUCUCCGCGAAUGGGCUGAUGGCGAUGCGGGAGCACAACAUGUUUGGCAUGAUAAACAACAUGUUUGCCAAACUCUCCGGCGAGCGGGCGGCGGCACCCGCCCCGGGAGACACCUUGCAAGAUGUAUGUCAGCUACUGUUACAGUUCCUCUACAUUGGUGCGGUGCCCAACUACGGAGUGUGCGAGGAAAUUCGCCAGGCGUUUCGCGCUGCUCUCUGCAAUGACGUGAACUCCGUCCGUCUCUGUGCGGCGACGCAGCUGCGCAAGGCACUCUGGCGCGAUCUCUCCACCUCCAUGCGUUGGGGGAUAGAAACGUUGGUUCAGGCCCUCCACGAUGACUUCUACAGCGUCGUGGAAAGUGCCUUCAAGCUCCUGCUUAGUAUUUGCCUCUGCUCUGACGAGGCGUUGGAUUACCUCAUCUCCUUGUCCCCCACCGUCCUUAUGGAGAGUGAGGUCAUUCGCCAGCACGCCAAACAGCUUGAUCUCAAUACGCUGCUGUACUGUAUCGUGGGGCGAUCCUCAGGCUUUCGCUUUCUGCAGUGCUACGGCUGGGUAGAGGAGGAGCUGCGUCGCUGGGAGGAGUCCGAGUCCGCCAACCACGUCCGCCUCGUGGAGCGCUUGCAGGCUCGCGAGGCGGUGGAGGCCCGAGCGGACUUCACACAGAACUUGGCGGGCCGGUGGUGGCAGCACAGCCGCACCCUCUCAGACCCAAGUUACCCUUUGUACAGACCGGCAGUUUUGCCCGCAACGAUGGCAGCGUACAGUCCUCCCAAUGAGUCUGGCUCGGGCUUCUUCCCCAGCCAUUUCGCCGCUGUUCUGUGCAAGUCCAACGAGGGAUGCACGCUGUUCAAGCACAGUGAUCUUUGGCAGCGGUCGGUGCAGCGCAUUAUGCAGCAAAUGCUUCCGCCGGAUAUUGUCUACGAUGAUAACGGCGACGCGAGGAGUGGAAGCAGCGACGACGACCUCGAUGACGCGGAGCGGGCUCUGAAUGAGGAGGACCCAUCCUUCUGGGGCCAAUUGGGGGCAAAAAUAGGCACAGCGGAGGCUAGGGAGCCUGCUGAGCCGGGUGAGUUACGCUUGUUGCGGGCGGGGCGCUUGCCUUGCUCCCGCAGCGCGCAUUUGCUUUCCGCCGCACGGGGUUAUAAGAAACCAGGACGCUCCUACCUCCUCGCAUCUGCGGGAAACGUCGCGGAGCUGAAAGAUGCCAUUUUGUGCAUUUGCCACGCCUCUUCCAGCGACACGGGCUACGCGCUGAUGCGCAGCGUUCCAGGGCUGCAUAAACGCCUGAAUGCCCUGAUGGUGUUUGGGGCAACCGUCUCCGUGCGUAGUAUAUGCUUCGUGGGGGAGUGCAUACUGGCGCGCUCCAAGCGGUGUGCCGAGCAGCUCUCCGGCAUGUCGCACUAUGUACUCCAUGAGAGCAACGCCUACACAAGCGCGGACGGGGUGCCGUACUCUGUGGCCUUCUCCCACAUCAAACCGUCGAAGUGGACCCCCAUCGGACGCCCCGCAGACCACGGACAGGCCUCCGCGCUCUACUUCCUCCGCCAGCAGGAGACGGCGGACGCCGCCGAGGAGGACCAGCUCCCACUGUUGGCUUCCAUGAGAUCCUCGAAUGCACUCUCACAGUCGGCACGACGCGUACUGGAGCAGGUUUGCGCCCUCUCCAACCCAGUAAGCCGGGAGGGUGCGAAGAAAAAGUUAUACCAAGUGAUGAAGCACCAGCCACAGCUGUUUACCGACCCACGCGUGCGUAAACUCGUCAUUGGGGCCACCCAAAGGUUUCGUAUGCACCACGCGGAGCGGAAGUUUCUUGCGGAUCUUCUUGAAAAUGCACCCCUCGCCACGCCUGUGCCCGCCGCCCGUCGGGCGACGGUUUUACUUACCGCUGCAACACCGCCGAGCUGA